UUGGGCGUGUAAGACCUAAGUGAACAUGUUUGAACACCUAAUUAGGUGAAGACCAAUAGACUGACAUCAUUUUCAAAUGGUAUAUAAGCUUGGUGUACGAGAGGCAUAGGAGGAGAGGUAGAGGAGAGAUGUACUUGCCAUCCACAGACUCUUCUUGUCCCAACACUCCCUCCCUCCAUCCUCAGGAAUGCAUAGGACAGAUGCCAUCAACUAAAUUCCUUUCCAAGGUUUUGUAAGACUUGUUUCGUAUUAUUUUUGUUAUCUUCUUUUUAUAUUCUUCUUUUAUUUUUGUUCGUAUUAAAUGUUUUACCUUUGUUUGCAUCUAAGUGACUCUGCCUAUUUUUGACGCACAUACAUUUAUAUGUGAUCCAAUUAUUUGAAGUUUGUAUUGGCCCUAUAUAUUUUCUUACAUAUCUGGCGUGCCAGCCCUGCGUAUUUUUUCCUGACCUUUGCCCUCCAGCUUGCUCAGGGGGAAGGGCAGAUAUAUCUGUACACUUUUUGCAAACUGUCGGGAGAAAAUUAAGAAAAGAACCUUUGAGAAUACAGACUUAUUGGAACCACAAGUGCUAAAAGACGCUAUUGACGGCAGACGCAAGAAAGCCAUACAGCGUGAUACAACAGCCACUCAAGGAGAGUUCACUAAACAGGGAACAAAGUUCUGCAAGAAAAUGGAGGAACAAAACUGUUUACUAUUGGACAAAGAACCUCCAAAGAAACAGCAAUACAAGAAGCGUGACAUCAAGAUAGCGUGUUACAUAUUACUUCCAUGGUUGUUGGUGCUGAGUUUUUUGGUUGCUGUGUUGUUUGAUCUAUACCAGAAGCCAAUUGGAAUGGAUGAUCCAACAAAGGAUUUACCACAGAAGAUAUUGUUAUCACAUAAAAUAAGAGAAGUUCAGGUGGAUCGACUCCUGACAUCAGACAUUGAUACAUCAAGAGACAUUGUUGGACAAAUUAGAUUCGGUUAUGGCUCCAGAGAUCAACCUUGUUUGACUAUAUUUUUUGAGCAUACCUCAGAAAUCACGGUUCAUGCGAAAGUAGGACCAAAAGCCAAAUUCACACAGUCACAGGGGAAUUAUACCCAUAAUAAUCAGACAGGUGUUUGGGAAUGUCAUCCUACUGAGUCCAUGUGGUGGUCUAUAACAAUUAAGGGAGAAGAACAUGCACAAUGGACAGGUGAUGUUACCAAUGAGAUGUUAACAUCAGGGAAAAUGGGAAGAUCUAAGACAGAGAUUUGGUAUAAGACUCAGUCUUAUGGGAAAAUCUUAGAUCCUUCACUGCUUUCUAUAUCAGCAGGGGAUGAUGAUUGGACUAGGGUUUGGAACUUUCAGGUGGAAAGAGAGACAGCUUUGGUCAAAGUAUCUUUUGUGUUUACGGUAACUAAUUCUAUAGCACCUGAAGUUAGAGUUAAUCCCCGUAGUGUGAAAGUCCAAGAGGAAUUGGAACCUAUAGAACUACAAUGUGGGACAAGGUUACCAUUACCCCAGGAAGCAUCACUCGUUUGGUCAAAAGGGAAAACAUCUUUAGGAAGUUUUACAAAUAAUCCAACUCGUAUACUUCAUAAGGGUCAAAUGGGGGAUGUACAUUGGAAUGGUAUGCAUUUUAUGCUUAGAUUAGAUAGUCCAACUCGUAAAGACUCUGGGAUAUAUGAAUGUUGUGUAUUACUGAAAGGAGAUUACAAACACUGCGACAGAGCAAAUGUCAGUGUUUGGUCCCCUGAAGAUAAUUUGUGUACUGGUACUAGACUCAAACCAUCCAAUCCUUUUCAGGUUAAUUAUUUUCAAUCUAAACCAUUAUUGAGGAAUGGAUCGUUUGUAACCCUAGUUUGGACUUUUAACAUGACUGAUUGGAAAAUAUCCACUUGGUUUCCUCAAUGUUUGUCACACCUUACUAAUAUGGAAAAAGGUCUUGCCCAAUGGUUUGGACAAAAUCCAUUGAGAAUGACAAGAAGUAGACGAGGUGUUAUUGAGGGAAUCUUGGGGGGUGUUGGUUCGGUAGGAAGCUUACUGAAUACUAUGGAUAUAAAUACUCUUAAAUCCGAUUUGGGAUCCGUAAGUUAUGUGGGAAGUCAGGGAGCAAAAGUACAAAAAGGGUUAAAUCAGUUAUUGGAACAAAUGGUUCUAAGUUCUGCUACUGUGAUUGGGUCGUCUGUAUCUCACUUACAGGAUGCCACUUUAGACUUAAUAGAGAGUCAAGAGGAGAAUCAAGUGUCAAGGGCAUGCCUGGAAAUACAGAUAGAAUAUUCCACUAAUCUAAAGAUGAUUGCACAGGCUUUACAGAGUGGUAUUACACCUUUGGGUUUGUUGAAAAGCUUACCUGAUAAAUAUAGUUUUGGUCUGGGUCAUAUUGAUUUGUGGAUUAAUAAAUGGAUGGGUUGUGAUCAGGAUUUUUGUAUUGGGACAUCUUUAAUCCCAGUGGCAGGAGUUGAACAAGUAAUGGUACCAGUAACAGUUUUAGGAAUUCCGGUCAGUGACACACAAUUGAUUCAUUAUAAUUUAAGAUAUACAGAUUUUGUAUUUGAUGGGGAAAAUCUGGAACAAUUAGAUGUGUCAGCUUGUCUUCAUUUUGUUUCCAAAGUAAUAUGUCUUCCAGGGCAAGAAAAAGUUGUCUAUCAUUCUUGUUUUCACAAUCAUUCAUCAUGUGAGGCCAGAAUUGAAAGUGUUACAUCUGUGCAUGAAUUAAUGACUCAAGUAAAGAUAGGAAAAGUUUGUUUUCAGGUAAUGAAGGAAGAGUCAUUGGUCAGAGCAUUCUUUUCAAAUUGUAUGCAUAAUGAAACUCUUCACAGAGGAUUAUAUUGCAUAGAAGGAGAAUUGAAAAAGUUAGAGAUAGAUGGGAAAAAGUUUAAUGUCUCGACUAUGGGCAUAGAGCGUUUAAAAACACUACCUCUGCAAUUUAAUCUCACACAGAUAGACCAUUUUCCUUGGAAAACAUGGACUGAGGAAAUAAAAAAAGAUAAGGGAUUAUUGGCCAUAUUAAAACAACAAUUGAAAAAUGCCGAAAUUGUUUUCCAACAUAAACAAGGUGAAUUAGAACAAAUUCAACAUCAAUGGAAUGAUAUGUCUGGAGUUAGUUGGUGGUCAAAUUUUAAAAAAAUCAGUAAAUAUGUGGUCACAAUCUUCGGUAAAAUCCGCAGCUGGGAAUAUAUUGUUGAAUCCAAUUGUUAUUAUAGCUAUACUUGUUUUAUUAUGUAUUAUUUAUCAAAGUUUUCUUAUGUGUAGAAUAAGUAAGAUAUAUAAACAUGUUAAGUAUGAAGUAGAUAAGGGAGAUGGAAUAUUAAGGGAGUUGAUAAAAAGGGCACAAUCCUCUCAUUCCAUAACAAAUGUAGAGAAAAGGGUGUCUCAUGCUAAUGAUUAUCAUAUGGUCCCAGGUAAAGUGUGAUGUGAUUGUAGUAUAAAUGUGAUACGAAUGUGAUACGAAUGGUGAGUAAAUGUGUAUAUUUGAAAAGAUAUGAUAAGGAUAUUAUCCUAUCAUCAGGGGGAAUUGUAAAAUAUUCUAAUACAUUUUCUAACCUCAAUUAAGAAAUGGACCAUAUAUAAUUAUUAGUAUAGGCAAUA